AUGAGGAAAAGGGCCCGACACACAGCAACCAGGGAGGAAUAUAAUUCCGAGGGUUAUAUUAGUUCUUUGCCGGAUGAUAUUCUUGUUUCAAUAAUAUCACGAUUACCGCUUAAGGAAGCUGCAAUUACUAGUAAUGUAUCAAAGACGUGGAGGUACCUGUGGACAAAUUUAGCUACACUAGAUUUUAAUGCUAAUGACACAUUGGAUAGAAUAGCUGCAAAUCCCAAACUGCGUAGCUCUGAGAGGCCAAAAUACAUUAAUUGGGUGAACCGAGUUGUGAGGCAGCAUAGUGGGUCCACAUUGAAUGCAUUCCGGAUUUGUUUUGAUUUGGACAAGAGUUCUAAGUCUGCAAUCGAUAAUUGGGUUAAGUUUUCAAUUGCGAAGAGGGUUCAGAAGCUUGAGUUGGAUUUGUUGGAAAAUGGGGAAACCCUUCGCCAGCCCUCGCGCAACUAUGUUUUCCCGCACAAGCUUUUGAGCCAAUGUAAAGGGUCUUCACUGAAGCAUAUCCGUACAAGUUUUCCUGGAAUGCAGCCUUGUGCGUUAAGUGGGUUGAAGUAUCUUAAAACAUUGUCUUUGAAAUGCGUGAAUGUGAGUGAAGAAGCAUUGGAGUAUUUUCUGUCCAACUGUCUAGUUCUUCAAUCUCUAUCAAUACAUGGCUCAGGGGAUUUAGUGAAUGUGAAAAUUAGUGGCUUAAAGCUUAAGUUGAAGUACCUAGAGAUUGUGUUCUGUUUGGGCUUAGAAUCUAUUGAGAUCUCUAAUGUGAACCUUGUCUCGUUCAGUUAUUUGGGGCCUGGGAUCAAUUUGCUUAUUGAAAAUGUUCCAAUGCUCAGCGAGAUCUCCAUUGGUGAGGGGUAUUCUGGGUUGGAAAAUAAUGUUUUUGGCCAGCUUUCUUGCUGUCUGUAUCAGUUAGAGGUUCUUACGUUGGACAUAUAUCGUCCCGAGGAGAACAUAAAGGUUUUUGCUUUCCCUAAGUUACCCAACUUGAAGCAAUUAAUAUUAAAAGUUGGAGCAUGGGACGAUGAUAGUCUUCUUGAGUUCAGUUCCCUUAUACAGGCUUGCCCUUAUUUGCAAAGAUUUGUGUUGCAGUUGAUAUGGAUGUCGCCCUCGAAGAGAAGAAGAAAAAUAAGGCAGGCCGCAAAAUUUCCACUUGAGUACCUGAAAAUGGUAGAGAUUGCUGGCUAUUAUGGUCGUACUAGUGAUGCUGAACUUGUCAUGUACUUUAUCGAGAAUGCUGUUUCCCUCCAGAAAAUCGUUAUAGAUCCACGCAACCAAAUUUUGGAUCGAACUCCUGUAAGGAUUGCUCAAAUGAAAAAGGAGGAAGCUGCUCGGAAACGUGCCAAACAGCAGCUUGAACCAAAAAAGCCUCCAGGAGUCCAUUUAAUUAUUCUUUAA